AUGUCCGCAUCACGCUUAGGACUUCACACUAAGGAUGACUUGAUUGAUGAGAAGCUGCCCAGCACCGAGAACGUGGAGAAUUGCGCGGUGAUUACCACCAUCGACAACUUUCAGGUGCUUGGUCUUUCCUCUGUGGAUGCAGAUUUCUAUGUCAGCUUCUCUGCGGAGCGCAAGAAAAAACUGAUGCGAAAGGUUGAUCUCAGACUCGUACCUAUGCUUGGAGUCGUCUACUUGAUCUCUCAUCUUGACAGGUCAAAUAUUGGCAAUGCAAAAAUUCUGGGACUAGCAGAAGACCUUGGGCUAAGUGGCAUUCAAUACAAUGUUGCGCUUAGUCUCUUCUUUAUCCCGUACGUACUCCUGGAGGUGCCGAGUAAUAUCUUACUCAAGCGUUUCACGCGGCCCUCUGUCUAUUUGGGCUCUCUGAUUAUUAGCUGGGGAACUGUUAUGACUUUGACCGGCGUCGUCCAAAACUUUGGGGGUUUAUUGGUGGUGCGACUCUUGUUGGGAAUUUUCGAAGCUGGAUUUUUCCCCGGUGCAGUAUACUUAUGUUCGCUCUGGUACAUGCCCAAGGACCUAGGCACACGUGUUGCCACUUUCUAUUGUGCAAGUGCGCUAUCCGGUGCAUUUUCCGGUCUUCUCGCCGCUGGCAUUGGUAAAAUGGAUGGUGUGGGCGACUAUGAAGGCUGGCGUUGGAUCUUCCUGAUCGAGGGCUUACUCACUGUUAUACUGGGAGUUUUGUGUUUCUUUUUUCUUAUCGACUCCCCAAAAUUGUCUGGUAAGUGGCUUGAUCAAGAUGAGAUCCGAUAUCUCGAAAUACAGUACUUCAUCAAAGAAGGGGGGCAAUUCAAGGACGAGGCUGAAAAGACAACGUGGAGAGACAUUUGGGACAUGAUUCUCAAUUGGAGAAAUUAUUUGUUUUCUUACAUUAUGAUGUGCCAAUCCGCCUGCGCCUACGGGACAAAGUUUACUCUUCCCACUAUCACGAGCGCAAUGGGUUUCCAGAACACAGAUGCGCAGCUUAUGACUGUCCCUCCCUACAUUGCCGGUGCUGUAUGCGCUAUUAUUUUCUCCAAAAUUGCCGACCGGUACUACUGGCGCAUGCCAUUUGUCGCCCUACCACUGCUACUGAUCAUUAUCGGUUAUGCUAUUAUCAUUGGUCUCAAAGGCGAACUGGAGACCAAUAUUGGGCCUGGGUUCUUUGCAAUUGUCGUGACAUGUAUGGGUAUCUAUCCAACUUAUCCAGCCACGACAUCAUGGGCGAUAAACAAUCUGGCACCCUCUAAACGCCGUGCAAUCGGAAGUGCGCUCAUCAUUUGCAUUGGCAAUACCGGUGGCAUCAUUGGCAGCUACAUGUAUCUUGAUCGUGAAAGCCCGACCUACCCAACUGGCUUCGGGUUGUCAUUGGCCUUUGGCUUAUCGGGUCUUCUUGUGGCUGCCAUUCUGGAGCUUUCAUUCAUGUUCGCCAACAAACGAAGAAGCAGGAUGUCUGAGACUGAAAUUCGUGAGACAUACACUGAUGAACAACUUCUUAAGAUGGGAGAUCGAUCUCCACUCUUCAAGUACACGCUGUGA